AAUAUGGUGAAGGCGCAUAAAUUAGAUCCAUAGUUCAGACUAAUGAAAUAUCUGUAAUAUAGAAAAAAAUUGAUUGGAGGUCAGUGAGUUCACUCAGCUGGUUUAGUCAAACGUGCCCCAGCGGCUGAAAAGUGUUUGCGGGGUUUCGGUACAAAAGGAGCAGCUACCAACUCUGGUUUACUGAGAAUUGCUACUAGCCAAGGGAAUGAAGUGAACACCAUGAACACUGAAUGGCAGGUCUGAUCCAGUGCCUUCCUGGGUGCCUCAGAUGUGAUUCAAAAUGGCGAUCCCUAUUGCAGUCCUGGACUGUGACCUGCUGCUCCAUGGGCGGGGCCACAAAACUCUGGACCGGUUUGAUAUUGAAACAGUGUCAGACGAGUUUCUGCUGACCACAUUUGGUUUCCCACGUGAGUUCAUCUACUACUUGGUGGACCUGCUGAAGGACAACUUGUUAAGACGCACUCAGAGAUCACGGGCCAUCAGUCCAGAUGUUCAGAUCCUCGCAGCACUUGGAUUCUACACGUCAGGUUCCUUCCAGAGCAAGAUGGGUGAUGCCAUCGGCAUUAGCCAGGCCUCCAUGAGCCGCUGUGUUUCAAAUGUCACCAAGGUGCUGAUCGAGAAGGCGCGCGAAUUCAUCAGCUUUGACAGGGACGAGGCCGCCAAGCAGCAGUCAAAGGAAGAGUUCUACAGAGUAGCCGGGAUUCCUGAUGUUAUAGGGGUGGUGGACUGUGCACAUAUAGCCAUUAAAGCGCCCAAUGCCGAAGAUUCAUCAUAUGUCAACAGGAAGGGGUUUCACUCGAUUAACUGCCAGCUGGUGUGUGAUGCUCGAGGGCUGCUGUUGAAUGCUGAGACACACUGGCCUGGGAGCCUAACGGAUCGAGCCGUGUUUAACCAGUCCAGCGUGAGCAAAUUAUUUGAGGAGCAGGUGAACCACGAAGGGUGGCUGUUAGGAGAUAAUCGCUACCCUUUGAGAAAGUGGCUGAUGACUCCAGUUCAGAACCCAGAGAUGCCAGCGGACUACCGCUACAACAUGGCGCAUGCAACCACACAAGAGAUUGUGGACCGUACGUUCCGGGCCAUCCAAACACGCUUCCGUUGUCUGGAUGGAGCCAAGGGCUACCUGCAGUACUCGCCAGAGAAAUGCUCUCGGAUAAUUCAGGCCUGCUGCGUACUCCACAACAUCUCUCUGCAGUCCGGACUGGACGCCUGGACCUUGGAGAGGACUGAGGCCAAGGAUCAGAUGGAGGAGGGUACGGAUCAUGAAGACAAAGUGGACCUGGAAGCUCUGCGGGUUCAGCAAGAGCUCAUUCAGAAUCACUUUAGCUAGAGCUGAGCUAAAUGCAUUCAGUAGUUCUGACCCACGGAGCAGGCUUGUCGUCUUAAAAAGGACUGAACAGUGCACCCUUUUUUUUUCUGUAUGUUGGAUUAAAAUAUUUGGAGUAAGAUGUGAGUGGAAACACGUGUGUG